AUGGAGAACAGAGACUCCUGCUUGCAUCGAUGGCUGCUUCUGCUAUUGCUGCUGCUGCUGCCACCACCUCACACCCACCAGGGACAGCCUCUGAGACCCACUGUCCCUAACCAGCUGCACUUGUCUGCCUCUGAAACUCUGAACCGUCUUGACUCAGCUCGUAGGUACCUCAGCAAUGGCCCAGGACAAGAGCCUGUCACUGUGAUAACCACUGAUGUCGCCAAAAUCAGCAGACCCUAUUCCUCCUUUGAGUUUCAAACCUGGGAUCCUGAUUGGUUCAUGCUGGGACUUCGGGAUGGCCAGCCUGAAAUUCAGCUGCACAAUCUCUGGGCUCGGCUUACAGUAGGCUUUGGUCCCCGGCUCAGUGAUGGGAGAUGGCACCAGGUGGAGCUGAAGAUGAGUGGGGAUUCACUGCUGCUGUCGGUGGACGGGAAGGAGGUGCUGUGCCUGAGACAAAUCUCUGGAUCUCUGGCUGACAGGGCCCAGCCCAGCAUGAGGAUUGCCCUAGGGGGACUCCUCCUCCCUGCCUCCAGUCUUUGGUUCCCGCUGGUUCCUGCACUAGACAGAUGUAUACGUCGAGAUAGCUGGCUGGGCCACGAGACCCAGCUCUCACCCUCUGCCACUACUAACCUCAGAAACUGUGAUGUGGACUUGCAGCCUGGACUGUUCUUCCCGCCAGGGACCCAUGCAGAAUUCAGUCUCCAAGACAUUCCCCAGCCUCACACGGACCCCUGGAGCUUUUCUCUGGAGCUGGGAUUUAAGAUGGUGGAUGGUUCCGGAUGCCUCCUUGCUCUUGGGACAGGAAGAAAUUCUUUUUGGCUUACCCUUCACUUCCAAGAUCAAAAGGUGGUGCUAUCUUCUGGAGUAGAACCAAAACUAGCUUUACCCCUGGACUUGGAACUCCCUCUUCAGCUGAAGCUGGAUAACUUCAAAGUGGUCUUGAGCCAAGGACCAAAGAUGGAGGUCCUUUCUGUGUCCCUUUGGAGACUUGCCUCCCUCCAGAGACUCUGGUCCCACCCUCAGAGCCAUCUCUCCCUUGGGGCUUUACCAAGUAAAAGAAUUCUAGACAACUCUUCUGCUUCCUUUUGCUUGAGGGAUCUUUGGGUACAAGGACAGAGACUGGAUGUAGACCAGGCCCUGAACAGAAGCCAGAACAUCUGGACUCACAGCUGUCCUCAGAGCCCAAAUAAUAUCACUCACACUUCCCACCAAGCCAACCCCCUUUGA